AUGGCGGACCUCCUCCGCACCGACGAAACCUCGCCGUUUCUCCAACGGCCCCCGGCACCAACAAGAUCCCGCGAUACUUCCCCGGCGGCGUCGGCGUCACACAAGCUCACCCUCUUCAACGGCCUCGCAAUCGUCAUCAGCCUACAAAUCGGCUCGGGAAUCUUCAGCGUGCCCUCGCAGAUCAGCCAAUUCGUCACUGCGCCAGGCUACGGCCUUCUGGCCUGGCUCUUUGGUGGUCUCCUUGUCUGGACGGGCGCCGCCUCCUUCAUCGAGCUCGGGUUGCGCAUCCCCAAUAAUGGCGGCAUUCAGGAAUACCUGCGAGCAUGCUACGGCGAGUUCGCCGGGUUCUUGUUCACAUGGGUCUGGUGCACCAUCAUCAAACCCGCGGCGAACUCAAUGAUUGCGACGAUUUUUGCGGAUUAUCUCACCGAGGCCUUUGUCGCAGACCAAGAGACGCUGCCGUCUUGGGUGUCGAAAGUGGUGGCGGCGAGCUGCAUCGUGAUCAUGACGCUGGUUAACUGCCUCGGCGCGACCGCGGGCGCAAAGGCGGCCAACUUGUUUCUCUUUCUGAAGAUGGCGGCUCUGACCAUCAUCAUCGUUCUGGGCUGCGGCGUCUGGGCCUUUGGUCACGGAGAGGGUGUUCCCUCGUCCGAGUAUGGAUGGUUUGGCCAGGCUCCCGAGCAGCGCGAAAUAGGUCUUUGGGAGUGGCUCGGUGAUUUUGGGACGGCAACGUUUGGAGCACUGUGGUGCUAUGCCGGCUGGGAAAUGGUUGGCUUUGUCUUGGGAGAUAUGAAGAACCCAAGGAGAGAUCUGCCCCUCUUAAUUAAUGGCUCCAUGAUUGUAGUGAUCAUCGGCUUCAUGCUGAUGAAUGCGGCUCUGUAUGUCUGCCUGCCGAUGAGCGUCAUGCAGACGAGCAGCACUGUCGCUGUGGAGUUCGCGAACAGGAUACUUGGAACCUGGGCUGGGCUUCUCUUUUGCAUCAUAGUAUCCAUCUCGGCAAUGGGUGCUUUGAACUCCAACGUGUUUGCGACUGCCAAGCUCGUCGUUGUUGCUAGUCAAAGGGGAUAUUUCCCUUCGAUCCUGACAAAUCUUCACUGUAGUCACGAAAAGGACGAGGCUGCGUGUGUCGACGAAUAUCUCGCAUCUGCGCCAAGACUGGUCCGAGGACCCAUUAGGGGUUUCUUGUCUUGGACUCAGAAUCGUCGGUGGAGGAGAAACGUGCCGUUACUUCCCCUCAUGCUUAACUGUGCCUUGUCAAUCGUAUAUGUAGCUGUCGGAAGCUUCAAUGGGCUCGUCACUUUCAUUGGACUGGCGGCUUACAUGAUCUUCUUCUCGUCGGCCAUUGGACUCAUCCUUCUCCGUAGGAGAGACGGCCGCAUGCCGGGGGCGAAGGCUGCCGAGUAUAGCACUUGGCUCAUCAAUCCUGUCAUCUUCAGCGCCAUCAGUGGCCUGUUGGUCGUCAGAGGAGUCAUCUCGGAACCUCUGCAGGGAGGGGCCAUUCUCUUGGUCGCCUUAUUCGGCGUCGGCUUUUUCUCGCUCAGGUUUGGCUUGCGCGGCUUCACCCACGUAGAGACCGGAUAA